AUGCGAUCCCCCUUUCCAGCCCACAGCCCAGCGUCACCACCGUCGAAUUCAUGGCCGUCGGGAGGAUCUUCAAAGGAUGACUCCGCGUCUCAAGGUGGGAUCAUCGCUGGCCUCGUCAUCGGCUUCGUGGCCUCCUUGCUCCUGUUCACCGUGGGGUGGAGCGUCUUCAAGGGGCACCGCAACAGCCGCGCUCGCGCCCGUGCUGCGGCGGCGGCCGCCGCUCGGCCGUGGCCACAGCUGGAACCUUACCGCCCACGCAGCGACGAAGAGCGGCAGCGCCGAAGCGCCAGCGACCCCAGCCAGACGGCCCGUCUGCCGGCGUUCACGUACAGCCCGUCCGUGAAGCACAACGUGGCGGGCGGCGGCGAGGAGGCAGCGACGUGCUCGGUGUGCCUCGGCGCGUUCCUGCUCGGCGAGACGGUUCGGCUGUUGCCGGUGUGCCUGCACCUCUACCACGUCGGGUGCAUCGAUCCCUGGCUGGACGCGCACUCGACGUGCCCGCUCUGCCGCUCCGACACUGACCCGACGGUCGACGUCGUCCGGAUACCGCCUGUUUAG